AUGAAAUUUUUGAAAGCCCUAGGUCUACUUGCUUUGGCUUCAUGGGGUCAAGCCUUGACCAUCAAGGAUGCCAAUUUUGCCUUCCCCGAUACUGAUACAAGAGGGAUUAUGGUGGGACCUAUUGAUCAUGAAACGAAGAAAUUGAAUAAACCAUUGACUUUGGAUACUUUAGACCAAACUGUAGAAUUGAAUUUUGCUUCAGAUUCAAGACUUACACAAGCAACUCUUUUGUUAGGUUUACCAGAUCGUGGACUAGAACAAGCCAUCCAAGCAACUUUAACCGAGAAUCAAGGUUUGCUUCUUUACAGAGUCAGAAUUCCAAUAAAUCAACUUUCCCAACAUUUGUUGCAUCUAGCCGUGAAUGAAAAGCAACUGUUAGCAGGAUCGCUGGUGUUAGCUAAUGAAGACGAAGGAUUCUUACUGUCCCUAUUCGAUAUUAAAUUGGAUGUUAAUGAAACUGCAUUUGAAUACGUCAAGCCUGAGAGAUUGGAGGCAAAACCAGAAAUUCAUCACGUAUUCAAUGCUGAACCUCAGACCGUUCCUUGGUCAUUUGCUCAAAUCUUUUCAUUUCUAAUUGUAUUAGUCACAUUUGGAUUAGUCGUUAGCUGGAUGAGUGCUGGUGCUUUGACAUGGAGCGGUUUGCCAAAGGGUUUGAACACAAUUUAUUUCUUGGCAUUUGUCGGUUCAGUUAUCGGAUUCGAAUUUAUCUUUGUCCGCUACUAUACCGGUACUAGCAUCUUUGAAACUUUGAGAUGCACCUUCCUUUUGUCAAUUCCAUCUUUAUGGUUAGGUACCCACUUUCUAAGAAGCUGGGGCAAAGAAUUGCGUUAA